AUAUUUACUUCGGCAACCACAAGGCCUUUUGUAAUCGUCGUCUCCGUCACUGCAUUGACGCUUCUCUCUCCGUCACAACUUCUAUACACGGAACUUUUUCUCUCUCUUUACUCUGUAACUCACUGAGUCAAUAAAAAAUGAUGCACAUGACCUUUUACUGGAGCCGGGAGGUGACUCUCCUGGUCAACUCGUGGCGUACAAAGACGUGGCUGAGUUACUCUCUGUCUCUUCUCGUUUGUCUAGUGGUCUCCGCCGUCUACCAAUACCUAGAGAACCGUCGCAUGCGACUCAAAGUCAUUACCACCACCGGCGGUUCAUCUACAACCUGUGCAUCGCCAGAGACGAGCGAAGAGCCUUUGCUUCAACCGAAAAAGAGUGCAAAAAAAUGGUCGGCUGCGAGGAUCUGUGGAGCCUUACUCUUCGGAGUGAAUUCGGCCAUCGGGUAUUUAUUGAUGCUUGCUGUGAUGUCGUUUAAUGGAGGGGUAUUUUUGGCAAUAGUGUUGGGGUUGGCUAUUGGAUAUUUGAUGUUUAGAAGUGAAGAUGAGAAUUUGACUCUUGGUGAUAGCCCUUGUGCUUGUGCUUAGAUACUUACAAAGAGUUGUGUAUUCUGUUUUGGGUUUUUGCUGUGUCUGUGUGUCUUUCUUUGCCUGUGAAAAAAUCUGUACUUUGGCAUGACUUUGGAAUGUUCUUGAGUAUAAAUUUUGGGGCUUCCCCUUUCUUCUGUCUAA